AAUUAAACAAAGUGACAACAAACCGGAAAGUAGAACUUAGUUUCAUCUUCUUUCUCAUUUUUAGCCUUUCUUGAAACUAUAAGCUGUGGCGGGAAAACUCCCCUAUUGAUAACGUAGCAAUCUUCUGCACCCCGCUCUCUUGCUAUCCAAACCCUGCUUGGGUUCACACCUCUUCCUUAUCUCCUGUCUCAUUGUUAAAUCGACGUCGUUCACAACAGACUUCAAGGAAGAAAACCAGAAGAUGGGAUGGAAUCACCCAGACAUAUCGCUGGAAGAAAUGAUGAAACUGAUAGAAGGGUUUGUUGAUAUCCUGGUUUUGGCUUCUGGGUAUCAAUCCUCUGGUCUUCUCGCUCACUGGGACUCUGAUAACAUCAAGCGAGCCUUUCAAUGGGCCCUUUUCUUUGAAAAUGUUUUUAGGCGUUUAAGCAGCUUGGAUGUUUAUCAAGAGUCUAUUCAGGAGCUUGAUGCAGCUCUGUCCGAAAUGACAUCGCAUCCGUCCUUUCCUCAGGGUCUUGCAGAUUUGUCAUCUGUUACUCUUAGAAGGGCAAGAAGUUUUUUGUCGGAACACUUGCUCCAUAAUUUUCCAUUGAGGGAUUUACAUCUAAGAGCUGUUAUUACAGCAAUAGUGGAGAUGGAUCUUAGUGACCUUUCACAGCCAGAGCAUGACUGUCUCAAUGCAUAUUUGAAUAAUUUGACACUGCAAAGCAGGAUUUGUAUGAGGGAUACCAGUACAUCAUCUCCAGAUUUAACUCCUACUGUUCAAACCGAAAAGUCUGGUACUGAUAAUUUUACUAAAAUUGCUCUUCAUGAACUCUUCAGGAGACAAUCUUCUGUGUCAUGCGUUUCAGUUAUUGAGGAAGGAUUGGAUGUUCUUUCUAAUGCCAUGAGACAUAGCAGCCGGACUGACUCUGUCUCUAGCCUAUUUAGGGAGCAAAUGAAUCAUGAAACAGUUCCAGCUUUGUUGCGAAGUGCAGAUGCAUUAGUUGAUGUUGUCACUUGGAACCGUUGGAAAUCAAGGGCUUUGUCAUAUUUUCUUGAUAAGAGAACCAUUAGGAUGGUGUCUGGUGCAAGCUUAAUAUUUUCAGACGCCAAUGCACAAUGGCAAAAAGUGUUUGGGCAGCUGCACAUUUCUGAAAAAAGUAGCAAAAAUGAUCUGCACCAGGCAAUUGAGCUCUUGUUACUAGGAAGCAUUGCAAGCAGAUGGAAUUGCAUAAUUGAACACUUGAUGUCAGCAUCUUAUGAUUCUGUUACCAUCUCAAAGCAAUAUCAUGUGCUUGCUAACUCUGUCUUUGAAAUAUCUCAAAGUAGUCAUCAAAUAGAGGAAAUAAAAAAAUCGAAGGAAGGAGGUAUUCUUGAUUAUCUGAUGGGACUGUUGGGUGGUCAAAUUCACCUAUUGUGGAAAUCAUCUCCUGCUCUGGCAGCAGUUUCGCUUCCAUUCUGGCCUACCUUAUUUAGACUUUACCUGAGUGAAAUUGAGAUUCAAUUCAAGGGAAAGCCUUCUAUGAUAAGAUGCUGCAGUUGUAUUCAAGACAGGAAUGAGCAUAAAGACUGUGAACUUGCUGAGAGAAUUUGGUGUCUCUACAUCUUUCAUGUUUGUCGCUCUCAAAUAAUUAAUGGUGCAUGUGGUGCUUGAUAGCUGAAAUUUGUUGUGCUGUUCUUCAAUAAGAUUUGCAGGCUCUCAACUUUGAGUGGAUAUAAAGUGAUAAGUUAGCUUUAAAAGCCUAGAACUGAAAAUUCUGAGAAUGCAGAUCGUGAAGAGGAUUCAGAUCUUGAAGUGGGAAAAGAAAAUAGCAAACGAUGAGCAUGCAGUCAAACUUAUCGAGGUAGAAAGAAGGCCGACUUUGUGUUGCUGCCCAAAAUUAUAUGCAUUGAAGCAGUUUGUUUUGAAGCUCAAGUCCCAGUGGAGGAAAGCUAUGAGGUUGCGAAGAGGCAGCAUGCAGUUCAGCUAUGACUUCCACAGCUAUUCUCUCAACUUUGAUGAUGGGUUUCCUCGAGAACGUGUAAUACACUGAGUUCAGCACCAUGAACUUUCGGUUCUGAUCUCCAAAUAAAUCUUCGGUCGUUUGAGGGGCAACUUGAUGUGUAGAUAAAGGUUUUGCCAUAUUGUGUUUAUUGGGUUUCCUGUUGGUCUCAACUGUUGUCUGCUGUCACUCCCACUGAAUUUUUCUAUGAUAUAACAGUGAUAACUAGUUUUAGAA